AUGGUAUCGAAACGGAUCGGAAGCGUAAUGUACGAGAUUAUCACCGAUGGACAUCGCCCUCAUCGUCGACAUGCCAAUCAAAUGCGCGCACGUACAUCGAGUGGCCGAGGACAUCUUGCCGGCGACUCAACUAAGCAUCAGCUGCCGCUUGAUAUUCUUGCGGAAGUGGCACCAACACCGUGGGCACCGACACCAAAGGCACCGAUACCCGUGGAACGGAACAACGAUCCGUCCAGCACAUCACAACAUGAACAUCCACGUGAAACUGGCUACACGAAUCGGAUCACGGCCCGAGAUCAAACGAUAACUAAAGUUCUUUUCCAUUCAAGUUUCAUCACUGCGAUACUGUAUGGCAUCAUACCGUACUUUAUGAUGGCUUACAACUGGUUCCAGGGCCAGUAUCCUCUUGUGAAGCUUUUACCGUUCAAAGUUGUGCUGCCCUAUGACUCGCAAGAUCCUACGCUCUUUAUAUUGACGACAAUUUUCCUGAACUAUGCUUCGGUACCUACCAUUACGGCCAUGACGAGCACUGACGCAUUGUUCAGUGGAGUUUGCCUUUACAUGGAUGGCCAGUUUCAAGCGAUCCGGCUGGAGUUGGAAGCACUCGCCGAAACGGUAGACAAGUACACGCUGAAAAGCUCCGCUGCUGAAACGCUUCGCAUCAAUCUCGAGCUGAGGCGCAUCAACAAGCGCCAUCAGACGAUUAUUGACGUCGUGUCGGAAGUACGACACGCAUUCACCCCAACGAUUCUGAUCAUGCACAUCUGUGCGGCGUUCAUGAUAUGUGUUAUAAGCAUGGCAAUGUUUCUAGCCGAAGGAAUCAACAAGCUCACCUACAUGCCGUACACGUUUACAGUGCUGAUGUUGCUUUUUAUGUACUCGUACGGUGGCACGAUUGUGCGAGAUUCGAGUGAAGCCAUCCAAACAGUGGCCUACGGUUUCCCGUGGUAUCGGUUCGAUCGUAACACCCGACACCUCGUCCAGAUGAUGAUGGUACGGGCGAAGUAUGGAUGCAAUGUGGACGUACCGUUUUUUCAAACGUCAAUGGCUACCUUCUCGGUGAUCGUACGCUCAGCUAUGUCAUACAUCACGUUGAUGAAGUCGUUUUUGUAG